AUGGAUGCGGAGGCCUCAACUUCUGUCACUGCCCCCGGCUGCCUCCGAGACCGUGAGUUCUCCGACAGAGACGGCGAUGAUCCCAAACCCGAGGACCUGACGAUGUCCAACAACAACAGCUACAGGAACAACGGUAUUAAUAUGGAGGAGGAGGAGGCCAAACUAGGACUUGACCAAACGGAUUCCAAGCACACAGGCAAUUGGUCCAACCCUGCUACGAGGUCGUGUCUCAUCCACACCCUGGAGGAGAAACUGGCAUACUUUCUGGUGAAGGAUUUCAAUCCACCAGAGCUCCUCGACGGGCAGGGAUUCAAGGUAAUUCUUUUGGCUUUUACGUCUGCAGUUCCCCUGUCCUCAGGAUUAAGUGCAUGUGCCAGUGUACCAUCUACUCGUAGACGAUUGUGUAUGACGAGGGGGGAUCGGUAG